GUGCUGCCAUCUAGUCUCGAAUUUCUCCACUACAUUCAAAAACAAUGCUCAUAUCUGUCAUUGUGUUAUCAAGUGAAGUUAAAAUAUGUUAAAAAAAUAAUUUUCUUUUAGUUUAAUGUUAAUAAAAAUAAAAAUUUUGAUAAAAUCAUAUAAUUUGAGAACUAUUUUCUUAUUUCGAACAUAUGCAAUGAAUAGAUUUACAUCUGAAACAGUUAAGAAAACAUUAUGUCCAUAUCAGGAAAAAUGCUAUCGAAAAAAUCCUAUCCAUUUCAAUGAAAUGUCACAUCCUCAUCUGGAAAAACUGAUAAUAAAUAAUCUCGAUGACGUUAUAACUAUUCCUGCUCAUUUGGAUUUUGAAUGUCCCGAUAGAUCUCAAUUGCUGGACCAAUUGAAAGUUUUACAAAUUGUGUUAAAAAAGGAAAGAGAUCGAAAUGGAGGGACAAGUCAAUCAUUAAAACCUCAAGAAAGUAUAAACCCUAAAAAUUCACCAAAAAAUUCCAAUUCCAAAGGCAAGGAAACAAUUUCCGAUGAACUAAAACAAAAAAUAGAGAGAAACAAACAAGCAGCUUUACUAAGAAGGGAAAAAAAAUUAAAAGAACUUGACGAAAAAGCCGAAUUACUAGCGAGUUAUGAGUCUGGUUCUUUUAAAAAUAUUGAAAAAUCUCCAAAACAAAAUCUAAAACGAAAUGGCUCCGAGAAUAAUGACAAGACGACCAUUCAAAAGAAAUCGAAAACAAUAGAAAUUUACGAUUCAAAUUUUUCAUCACAAUCAAGUUCCAGUUCAAAUACAAAUUCUUAUUCCUCUGAUUCGUCAGCAACUACCGGUACAUCAAUUGUAGAGAAUUUUAUUGGCUGUAAAACAACAGCAGCUCGUGAAAAUAUUCGAAAACAAGCAUUAGAAAAAAUGCGAAGAGCCGGAUUAAAGGCAAAUGUUGUUGAACCUGGUGAAUUUGCUUUAAAAUAUGCUCUCUCUGCUCCUUAUCAUUUAUUUUUCACUCGAGUCGAAGAAAUAAAAGAGACUUUUAAUCAACCUUUAACUAUCACAUUACCCGAAAUUCUCGAUAUUAGCCUCGGUGAAAUUGUCGAGAGUUUACAUUUUAAUUUUAUGAUUGAUAUGGGUUGGUUGUGUCUUCAAUAUCUUUUGGCAGCACAAUCAGCUAAAAUGCUUGUACUUUAUGAAAGUCGAGUCGAUUCUGAUCCAUUGCCAGCUAAUAUUACCGCUAUUGAAAUACCAAAACCCUCUGCAUUUGGUUGUCAUCAUACAAAAGUAUCGCUUUUAAAAUACAAGGACAAUGGAAUAAGAAUAAUUGUCUCGACAGCUAAUCUCUAUUCCGACGAUUGGGAAAAUAGAACUCAAGGUGUAUGGAUAUCGCCUCAUCUUCCACAACUUCCAGAAUCGUCAAAUUCAAAUGACGGUGAAUCGCCAACUGGUUUCAAAAAGGAUUUCGAACGUUAUCUAUUGACCUAUAAACAAGCAACUUUAACAGAAUGGAUUUACGCGAUACGACAUGCAGAUUGCUCGGCAAUAAAUGUAUUUUUCUUGGCAUCUGUACCGGGAAGUCACAAAGGACAUGACCUCAAUAAUUGGGGACACAAAAAACUUGCAUCAAUUCUUUCUCAACAUGCGACAUUACCUGCCGAUUCACCAUAUUGGCCUAUUGUUGCCCAAUGUUCGAGUAUUGGAAGUUUUGGUCCAAAUUUUGAAAAUUGGCUACAAAAAGACAUUGUCACAUCAAUGUCAAAAGAAAAGAAUGCAGGAUUAAAAAGUAUUACAAAUUUUCAAUUUGUUUAUCCGUCAAUUAAUAAUUUUAAAAAUAGUAUCGAUUGUCGAGCGGCUGCAUGCUGUUUACCAUAUAGUAUGAAAACACACUCGAAACAAGAGUGGAUCGAGAGUUACAUGUAUCAAUGGAAAGCGAGUAAAAUUAAUAGAGACAGAGCAAUGCCACAUAUUAAAUCGUAUACGAGAAUUUCGCGAGAUUUCAAAAAAAUCCCUUGGUUUGUUUUGACUAGCGCAAAUUUGAGUAAAGCUGCUUGGGGAACAUUUAGACAGUCAAAUUAUAUUAUGAAUUAUGAGGCUGGCAUUGUUUUCAUUCCAAAAUUAAUAACAAAAGAAACAACAUUUCCAAUUGAAAAACAAGAAUCUUCAGAUAUUCCAGUUUUUCCAAUGCCAUAUGAUUUACCAUUAACCCGUUAUGGUCCACAGGACAAAGCAUUUGUGAUCGAAUUUUUUGAUAGUGCUUAAAAAAAAAUUAUACUAAUUAAGGUAAUACUAAUAUUUUCUGAUAUUAUUUUCUACGCAAAACAAAAUUGAUCAAUUAUUUAAAUUCUACAAAUUAAAUUAUGUUUAAAAUUUUACAAAGUAAAUUGCACACAUGUACAGUAUAAAA